AUGGAAAUGGGACAUGAGGUCAUCAAUGCGCUAUGGCGUCCUAGCUUCGUCUUCAAGCAUGAAGAUUUGCGGGGCCGGUUGACGAGGAGGAAAGGUGGGGCCGUCACAACGGCCGAGCCAUGGGACUCCUCACCGCUAAAUCCCAAGAAUCGCGUCAACGCUCUACCACCCGCAGGCAGAACAUGUCAAGCUUCGCGCUGGCGCGUCGAUGGCGCCGCUUCUUUCAAGACGCGCUUCUUCGCGCUCCCUCUGGAUUUGCUCGAGUCCAACGGCUUGCCGCCUCUGCGCAUCGACGUCUUUGUGCCCGAUCAGGACGAGUAUCCACCCGCCCUCCGUCAGACGCUCGACGCAGCUUCUGGAGUUGCCCUGCAGCACCCUCCAGCCACUGCUGCCCUGGGCAUCUCCCGCUACAUCUGCCAAGCCCUAGACCGCCACUGCAGCCAAGACACGGGCUUUCUGCAGCGAUAUCGUCGCUUGCCCUUUGGCUCCAGAAUCGUCAUUGACGCCAUCGUGAGCAAUUUGGCCGACAUCGAUCUCGUCGUUGAGCCAAAUUACCAACUAGAAUCCAAGGCGACCUCGCUGCCCGCACUCAAGCAGCUCUGGGCCAGCCAAGUCGCCGACCACGACUGGCCCCCUGACAUUGACAUCGCCAGUCUUAGCGCCUUCCGCCAGCUCCACGACACCGUCACCCUCGUGCGGUGCAAUGUCUCUGCCGGCCGUGGGCGUGAGCUGCACGGCCAGACGGCCAUCUUCAAAUCGGGCACCGAUGGCUUUGAUCAUGUGCUGCACGAGCUCAAAUUCCUCCUCACCACGCCCUCGCAUCCGCACAUCAUGCCGCGCCCCAUAGCCGUAGUGACCAAGAAGUGCGGCUUUGGCGGAAAGCAAGGAGUGUUCGGAUUUCUCGUGCCCUACCUUCCCGCCGGCUCUCUCCGUGACCUUCUCCCGGCUCGGGACCGGUGCGGGGCGCUCGGCGACUCCCUUAAGCUUCGCUGGUGUGAGCAAGUUGCCUCGGCGCUAAUGCACGUCAAGGAGAAAGGAGGCACCUUCUACUCGGACCUCCGCCCAGACAAUGUUCUAUUGGGCUCACUUGGCGGCCUGUUGUCAGAGCCGGCAGAGUCGGGCAUGGUCGCCGUCUUGUGCGACUUCGAGCAGCGUGGUAACUGGCACGAGUGGUGCCCACCCGAGAUUUUGUACCCGCAAUAUCUAGAGAAUCUUCGCAGCCACCGCCAUCGAACUACGAACAAGGACUGGGACGAGCUCGUCGCAUCAUACACGCGGCAAAGACCUCCCACUGCUGGUGAGACGUACGUUCAGUCCAAAAAUCGCCCGUGGUUUUCGCUGUCUCGAGAAAGUCAGGAGAAGGCCAUGGCUUACUGCUUGGGAUUAUUCAUCUACUGCGUGUUUGAGGGCAUCAGCACCGUGUGUCCCAGUAUGGCGUAUGCCUACCCACUUGAGCCGGAAAUUUCCUUUCCCCGUUUUCGCCAAACGCCGGCCUGCAUACGCGACAUCAUCAAGGCUUGCACAGCAGACGCUCCGCAGUGGCAAGAACCAACGGAACCCAGACCCGGGCGGGUGAUACGGGCGGGCAGCCUCCUGUAUCCCGAAGGACACAUGCACAUGUCACCCGACGCGCAACAGAUAGCAGAUUCCGUGCUCGGCACUGCACAAGAAUGGUGGAAGUCCGAACUGGAGCAGGCACGAAUCUUUCUCAAUGGCCCUGAGUGGCAAAAUCAACAGUUUGGAGCGCAGAGACCGAGCCUGGGCGAAGUCAUGAGUUCAUUGGGUCUAGCUAGGGAUGAAAUGGCGUCCUGA